AUGCCUUCCAAGGUGGCUACGUCAAACGCUACGCCGGCCAAGGCCAAGGCAAGUGCCAAGCCGGCUGUUGCGACACCUUCGAAGCAUGCUGUCGACGCCGAGCCAAACUCGAAACGACGACGCCAGCGUGCCACCAGCGAUGCCGAUGUCGCCGCGCCCUCCUCCUCGUCUUCCGCACCUGCAGCUCCCCAAAAGAUUGUCUCUCGCAACCGCCUCUUUGCGCCCUUCCGUGCACUCGGUCUCAUCAGCAACGACGUCCCUUUCGCUCUUCAGACCAGGUUUGGAGGCAAAGACGCCACCACGCCCGACGUCAAUGUCAUCACCUGCCUGGGCGACAGCUGGGCCAUGUGGGACGCAGAGAGGAUGACGCUUCUCUUUGUCUCCACCUCGCUUCCCGCACCCAUCGCCUCGCUCGUCAUCUCGCUCAGCCCGGACGCCGUCCUCGCUGCGGCGGGCACCAAGGUCUACCGCUUUCGACGGGGCAAGGUCGAUGCCGUCUACGACACCGUCGAUCACAUCAUGGCCGCCUUCGACAAGCCCAACGGGCACAUGGACGAGGACGACGACGACAGCAGCAACUCCGAUUCCUCCUCCGAUGCGGACGCUACUGAACAACAGGGAACACAGCUCUCCUCGCUCCUCGUGUUCGGCGACACCAUCGUGGCUCUUUCCUCCGAUGGUCGUCACGUCUUUGUCUGGUCGGUCGGCACUGCCGAGCUCAUCAGGCGCAUCGACCUGCCCGACACCUUUGUCGCCAGCUCCAUCCUUCAUCCCGCCACAUACCUCAACAAGAUCCUCAUCGGCUCCGUCGACGGCCAGCUCGCACUCUGGAACAUCCGCACCGGCUCUCUCGUACACGCCUACGACACCGAGCAGCUCCGCCUCUCUGCUGCGGGUCCCAACCCUUCCGCGCCCUCGGCGGCCAUCGUCAACCUCACACAGUCUCCCGCCGUCGACGUCAUCGCCGUCGGCUUUGCGGACGGACACGUGCUUCUCCACGACAUCCGCCUCGAUGAGAGCCUCUUUGCUGUCCAUGUCGCUGGAGGUCUUUCGUCUGGCUCCGUCUCCUUCCGCUCCGAUGGCAAGCAGCACUCGGUCGCCAUCGCCACCAACACCGGCAACAUCAGCAUUUUCGACCUCGAGCCGUCCACCGCCUCCGGCCCCAGCUCGGCUCAGAAUGGCCCGCGCCUCAUCUACUCGAUCCAGGAAGCGCACGACGGCGCCGUUGGCAGCAUCGAGUUCGUGCCAGGUCAGCCGCUUCUCAUCUCGUCUGGCGGCGACAACAGCUGCAAGCAGUGGUUCUUCGAGUCGGCCUCGAUGCCUCCGCGUCUGCUCAAGGCUCGUUCGGGCCACCAUCAGCCACCUCAUCUCAUCCGCUACUACGGUGACGAGGGCAAGGAGAUCCUCUCGGCCGGUCGUGACCGCUCGAUCCGCAGCAUCUCGGUGGUGCGCGACUCGCGCUCGCACGAGCUCAGCCAGGGCGAGCUGCAGAAGAAGAGCAACCAGCUUUCGGUCUCGGUCUCGUCGCUAAAGCUUCCGGCUGCCAGCUCGCUCUCGUUCAGCUUGACGCGCAGUCGCGAUUGGGACGAUGUGCUCACCACGCACACGGGGCGCCAGUUUGCCAACACUUGGACUGUGCGCGACAAGCGCAUGGGGAAAAAGCCGCUGCCGGCGUCAGCGGACCGCAAGAUCAUCGCCGAGGCGAGGGCGAGCUGCGUGAGUGCGUGUGGCAACUUUGGCCUCGUGGGCAAUUCCGAGGGGCUGGUGGAGAUGUACAACAUGCAGUCGUAUGCGCAUCGCCGCACGUUUGACACGCGUCCCGUCGAUCCCCUGGGCGCUACCAAAGCCAAGGAGUUCCCUGCGGGCUCCAAGAAGGCGCAGGCUGCGCUCAAUACGCGCGUCAAGGGCUCGGCGGUGACGGGUGUGGUGACGGAUGCGCUCAACCGCGUGGCCGUGAUCAGCACCAUGGACGGCCAGCUGUCUUGGUUCGACUUUUCGUCGGCAUCGCUCUUGCAUCGCAUCCCCAUCUCGGCAUCGGGCAUCUCGUCGAUCCAGCUGCACCGCGACUCGAAUCUGCUGCUCGUCAUCUCGGACGACCUCGUGCUGCGACUGAUCGACAUCGAGACGCGCCGCGUGGUGCGAGAGUUUGUCGGAUUCCGCGGGCGCAUUCUAGAUGCGUGCUUCAGCAACGAUGCGCGCUGGGUGGUGGCGACCUCGAUGGAUGCUGUGAUCCGCACGUUUGACAUCCCCUCGUCGCGACUUGUGGAUGCCAUCAAGAUGGCGAGCAUCGCCACGUCGGUGGCCUUCAGUCCCACGGGCGACUUCCUCGCCACCGCGCACGUCGACAGCGUCGGCAUCUACCUGUGGGCCAACAAGACGCAGUUCUCCUCCGUGGCGCUGCAGGGUCUGGACGAGCUUGCCGAAGUGGUGGAUGAAGACGAGGCGGUGGUGGCGCUGCCGACGGUGCAGGGCGAUGUGGAGGAUGCGGCGCUGGCCGAGUAUUCCGAGGCCAUGAUGCAGGUGGGUGAGCCCGAGCUGCAGCGUGUCUACACGUCGCCAGUGCAGAUCGACGACGCCUCGAACGACGGGGGUUUGGUGACGCUUUCCACCAUGCCACGCGCGCGCUGGAUGACACUCAUCAACCUCGACACGAUUAAGCUGCGCAACAAGCCCAAGGCAGCGCCGCAGAAGCCCGAUGCGAAACGUGCGCCCUUCUUCCUCCCCCAAACCGUGUCGGGCGUCGAGUUCAAGUUCGACCCCACCGCUGCCGUUGCCGACGACGCCGAGGGCGAGACCAAGGCGGACAAGUCCAACAUCUUUUCGUCCGCGGGCAUCAGCUUCAAGACCGAGUUCCAGGAGCGGCUCGAGGCAGCUGCGGACAAGAACGACGUGGAAGGCUUCUUUGUCUACCUCGAGACGCUGUCCACCCCGCAGUUGGACGUGGAGAUCCGCUCGCUCACGGCUUCGGACGACUUGGUGGCAUUCCUCAACAUGAUGCUUGCGCGGCUCGAUCAGCACCGCGACUACGAAGCGGUGCAGGCGCUACUGGCAACGCUGCUCAGGGUGCACACCGACCUCAUCCUGCAGACGUUCAACCCCGAGAUCAGCGACGACGGUGAUGAGGACGACCAGAUGCAGCUGGGUGCGGACGAGGACGAGGCGGAGCGACUCAAAUCGGUGCUGCGCAAGCUCAUUCGUGCACAGGUGGCCGAAGGACGCAGACUCAACGGACUCCUCGACCAAUGCCUAGGCACCCUUGCCUUCCUGCGUGGCAUCCCCAUGACCUAA